UAAUUUCCUGUAACUAAAAUGGGCUAAAGUCUGAAAAAUGAUUAUACUCAGGAGGUUUAAAACUAAAAGUUCACAAGUACGUGUAUAAUAAUCGCAGUUAAAACUACAAUUACAACUGCUACUAACAGUAUGUGGUACUUGCACUUAACUCUUGAAUAGAAACUGACCUGAGUUAAAGUUUCAUAAAGAUUUUUUUACCUUUUUGUUCUUAAAAUACAAAUAUAUUUAUUUCAAUUCUGUUUAAUUUUUGUAUGAUUUAAAUCCCCGCAUCACUAGAUACAAUAGUAGAAAUAGUAAAUCUCUUACAACAAGAUUUUAAAACAUUGCAAACCUUAAAAUAACUUCGUAUAAUUUUAAAUGAAUGAAACGAAUUCCAUGAAACGUAUUUAGGACCGACAAAAAUUUAGUCAGUUUAGUGCUUAGUCAUUGAAAAGUGGAGCAGACUGGUAACAUUACUAUUAUUGACGUAGUGUCAGUAUGUGCUGGUAACAUUGAGUCUGCAUGCAUGUGUGUGUCUGUCUGUUGUACCAAUGUAUGUACAACACUGAACUAACUGUCAAGAAAAGAAACUGGCUGGCACGAAUCACGAUUCGUCUUUUGUUUUGUUUGUUAAAAAUAAUACAAUCCUUGAUUUUUAAAUAAUAAAAAUGUCCGGUCCUUCGGACUUAGAAGCUAGCGGGCCUUCCGGUGUGGUUCAUAAUAGCGUUCUAUCAUUCGUUGGCCAGGAAAUGCAUACCGACGCAGGCGCAUCACUGGAUGUUAGGGACCAAGUCACUCAAGCAGAGCGUCUGGUCCCAGCUGGUCUGAAAGCCCUAUGUGAUGCCUGCUCCAGACUUUAUCCAGAUCAGCCUAACCCUCUGCAGGUUACAACUAGGCUAAAGUAUUGGUUGGGUGGUAACGACCCCCUAGACUACAUCAGCAUGUACUGGAAUCCUGGGAAACCAGAGGAAAAUAUUCCACCUCAUUGGCAUUAUGUGAGUUUUGGACUAUCAGAUCUGCAUGGAGAUGGGCGGGUGCACCCUCCGCCAGACCGGGUUGUAAUCACAGCGGGGGCCCCUUCUCCAUCAGGCUAUGGACUUGAGCUGACACUGAGGCUCUCCGCAGACACACCUCAUCAGCCCCCACUCUGGCCUGCAGCACUGCUGCAAGCUUUAGCCAGAUAUAUUUUUACUACAGGCAAUAAGUUCUAUGCGGGCGACCAUAUAUCGUGGCACGCGGCGCUGGACGGCGGCGGGGCGGGCAAGUCGCGCGUGCGGCACCUGCUGGUGGCGGAGGACCCGCGGCUGGGCAGCGUGGCCACGCCGCACGGCUGCGUCAGCUUCCUGCAGGUGGUCGGCUGCACCAGCCGGGAGCUGCGGGCGGCGCAGAGGGGAUCUGGUUUUGACGUGCUUAAACUCAUGGCGGAUGAUUCCAGAUGCGGCGGGCCGUGGCUGGUGACCACGAUGCGGCGCGUGGUGUCAGCGCGGGGCGUGCGGGUGUCGGGCGGGGGCGGGGGAGGGGGGGCCGCGGCCCUGGCCGGCGUGUCCGCGCGGCUGCGGUGGACGGAGUGGACGCCGCAGACUGGUGAAGCGACAGAGGAAACCGCAUCACCGGCAGAGUUGUCUCCCACUGUGGAGCAACUCAUCAAGGACACUCUACAGAGAGGGCUGACCAGCAUGACUGAUAGAUCUGGACCAGAAGGUCACAUGUCCACCGAUAGCUUUGAGAUGUCCAGUAUAGAAAGAGCAUUACCAGAGAUACCUGAGCUGAUGCAGGGUUCGUGGCGCAAUGAAGAAACAGUCGAGUAUUUAGACGGAGUCCACUUGAUGCUGAAUGCUGAGGGUGCCAGCCUUUUGCCGCUAGCGAUCGACGGGCGCGUGCUGCACGACCGGCACUUCACGUGGCGCGCGGGCGCGCGCGCGGUGACGCUGCUGGGCGCGCGCGUGGCCGGCGCGCUCGCCUGCGCCGCGCGGCCCUACGCGCUGCGGGGGCUCUGGCUGCAGAUCCUAAUACCAAAGGAGCUGGCUCAAGACAUGUCGAAACACGUAGCAAACCUGUCAUCACUCACAGAUACUGAUUCGGAAAGUGACAGCGAAGAGGAAAAUAAUAAAAUCGAACCACCCACGGUCCCGCUCACAUUAUCGUGGCCGCGUCAUAGGUUUAAGAUAUCUAUACUACAUGACCAUGAUAUGUUAUAGUUUAUUUAUUAAAUAUAUUUGUAAAGUUUGAAGAGCUAAAAUCAAUUUGAAACUAGUGAUCAGAAGGUCCCGAGAUCCACAUGUAUGUAUCAAGCUUAUAAUAUUAGUCGUCACUUGCUUCUGGCGAAGAAAAACAUGGAAACCUCCACUCUUCAAUCAAUAGGCAGUCAUUGUACUACACAGAAAUUUCCACGGACAGAGUGGUACCACAAAGCACAGCUAGUGUUAUAUAAAUGUGGCUCCUCGGUCCUGACAGAUACUAAAUACUCAUAUAUAUGUUUUAGCAACACUGAACCCUUGGUAUCCAUGUAUUAGAAAAUGUAUUUAACUUUUCAACAUUAAAAGCAAUAUUAAGCGAAAAU